UAGGAGAUUUAGUGAAAACUAGCUUAGCUCGAGGUAGCCAGCCGUCAGCAGCCUCUAAGUCAUCGUUCCGCGUACAGUACCUAACCAAACCAACAGAGGGCAGCACAAGUAUCAAAAUAAAAGUAUUUUCUUCCUAAUCGAAAACAUAAUAACGUGCAAACCAUGGAAGAAGUAAUGAAUAUGCUCCAAAAAAUACAAAGCGAACUUAACGAACAAAAACUGACUAUUGUGCAAUCAGCAGAGAACGUCACGCAACAAGUUACACAUAACAUAAAUCUCAAAUUAGAAGAAAAAUUCAAAAUAAUGGAAGAAAAAUACAAUAACCUUGAAGAAAAGCUUGAAAAUCAGGAGAAAAGAUUAUACUUCCUAGAGAAGCAAUCAAGACAGAGAAACAUAGUUAUAUUCGGCUUAGCGGAGACGGAAACAUCUUAUGAAAACUCAGAAGAAAACAUCAAAAGUUUCAUAAAACGCUACUUCUCAAUAGAGCUAGGGAGCAGUGAAAUACAAGAAAUUAGGAGAAUAGGGAAGAAAGGAGAAAAAACCCGACCGAUUACUGUAACAUUCACUACACUGGGCACAAAAAUAAGAAUUUAUAAACAGAGAAAAGUACUAAAAAAUACUGAUUAUUAUAUAAAUGAAGACUUUCCACAACACAUUCUAGAAAAAAGGAAGGAAUUACGAGAACAAAUGAAAAUAGAAAGAGAGAAAGGAAAUUAUGCCACCAUCAGGUAUGAUAAACUAAUAAUACGCCGAAAUAACGCAGAUUCAUCAGGCAAUAAGAAAAGAACACUACCAACAUCACCAGGCAUAAACGAUCCUACAGGAAUAUUACAAGGUACACAAGUAAACAAAAAGAACAAAACUCAGACAAAACAAGAACUACAGAGAUCGUCAAGUUUAACAGAAGGAGUCCUCAAACCAGGAAUACUUGGUUUUUUAACCAACAAAAACCCUGGAAACCCACGAAGCGAACAAAUAGAUAAAAACUUAAAACAAUAGCAACUACCGCCCCCCUCUCACAUGAA